AUGGCCGGCGUCCGCAUCUACCGUCGCCGCCGCUACCACUGGCCCGAACUCCAGCUCAACCUCUGGCUGAUCAUCGUCUUAUCGGCCAACGCCAUCUGCCUAGGCAUCUUCGCCUGGUUCAUGUCCGUCCAGAACGAGCUGCAUCUGGAUAUACCAUGGCUCUUCCCCUACAUGACCGUCACCGCCGCACUCGGCCUCUUCUUCAUCAUCCUAAUCUACGUCCUGACGGCCCAACGCUUCCUCCUACCCGGCAUCAUCCUGGUCGGCAGCUUCAUCCUCUUCGCCCUGUGGCUGACCGGGUUGAUCGAGACCAGCCUGCAGAUGUACGGCGUCGUCGCCAACGUCGACAGCAACUGCCGCAACUACAUCCUCAUCAAGGACCACCCCACCGGCGAUAAUCUCCAGACCUUGGCGUGGUUGACCGAGAGUACCAUCUGUAACUGCUGGCGAACGGCGUUUGCGUUCGAAUUGAUCAAUACCAUCUUCUAUGCCUGGAUGAUGAUCAUGUCGUGGCAGGUGCAUCGCGAUAUCUAUCGAUGAUGUUCCUAUUUGCUUUCUCUUUGAAAUACCGACUUUACAUAGUAGUAUAAGUUUAGCGAGGCGGAUGGGAUGUGAGACUGGAAAAACCAACCGAUGAUUUUUAUGAUUGGAUGACUUGAAUCGUGAUGUGAUGGAUGUGAGAUGAUUGCAUGACUGGACUCUAUUGGCAGCUCUGAUGUAUG